AUGCCUCCUCAACUGCAUAACGGGCUGGACUUUUCUGCCAAGGUCAUCCAGGGCAGCCUCGACAGCCUGUCCCAGGCAGUAAGGGAGUUCGUGGAAGCCAAUGCCCAGCUGUGCCAGCCGGAGCAUAUCCACAUCUGUGAUGGCUCUGAGGAGGAGUAUGGUCGCUUGCUGGACCACAUGCAGGAGGAGGGUGUCAUCCGCAAGCUGAAGAAGUAUGACAACUGUUGGCUGGCUCUGACUGACCCCAGGGAUGUGGCCAGGAUUGAAAGCAAGACUGUCAUCAUCACCCAAGAGCAGAGAGACACAGUGCCCAUCCCCAAAACCGGCCUCAGCCAGCUGGGCCGCUGGAUGUCAGAAGGGGACUUUGAGAAAGCUUUCAACGCCAGGUUCCCGGGGUGUAUGAAAGGUCGUACCAUGUAUGUCAUCCCAUUCAGCAUGGGGCCCCUGGGCUCGCCUCUGGCCAAAAUUGGCAUUGAGCUGACAGACUCACCCUAUGUGGUGGCCAGUAUGAGGAUCAUGACACGGAUGGGGACAUCAGUUUUAGAGGCCCUGGGCAAUGGGGAGUUUAUCAAGUGCCUCCACUCUGUGGGGUGCCCUCUUCCCUUAAAAAAGCCUUUGAUCAACAAUUGGGCCUGCAACCCCGAGCUGACACUGAUCGCCCACCUUCCGGACCGCAGAGAGAUCAUCUCCUAUGGAAGCGGAUAUGGAGGGAACUCGCUGCUUGGGAAGAAAUGCUUUGCGCUGCGCAUCGCCAGCCGGCUGGCCAAGGAGGAAGGGUGGUUGGCAGAGCACAUGCUGAUCCUGGGCGUAACCAACCCUGAAGGCAAGAAGAAAUAUCUGGCAGCAGCUUUCCCUAGUGCCUGUGGGAAGACCAACUUGGCCAUGAUGAACCCCACACUCCCCGGGUGGAAAGUUGAGUGUGUGGGUGAUGACAUUGCCUGGAUGAAGUUUGAUGCCCAAGGCAACUUACGGGCUAUCAACCCAGAAAACGGUUUUUUCGGAGUCGCUCCUGGCACCUCAGUGAAGACAAAUCCCAAUGCCAUUAAGACCAUCCAGAAGAAUACCAUCUUCACCAAUGUGGCUGAAACCAGUGAUGGUGGUGUUUACUGGGAAGGGAUCGAUGAGCCACUGGCCCCAGGUGUGACCAUCACCUCCUGGAAGAACAAGGAGUGGAGACCACAGGAUGAGGAACCCUGUGCCCAUCCCAACUCGAGAUUCUGCACCCCAGCCAGCCAGUGCCCCAUCAUCGACCCUGCCUGGGAGUCUCCAGAAGGUGUGCCCAUUGAGGGCAUCAUUUUUGGUGGUCGUAGACCUGCAGGUGUCCCCCUGGUCUAUGAAGCCCUCAGCUGGCAGCAUGGGGUAUUUGUAGGAGCAGCCAUGAGAUCAGAGGCCACAGCUGCUGCAGAGCACAAGGGCAAGGUCAUCAUGCACGACCCCUUUGCUAUGCGGCCCUUCUUUGGUUACAACUUCGGCAAAUACCUCGCUCACUGGCUGAGCAUGGCUCAGCGCCCAGCAGCCAAGUUGCCCAAGAUCUUCCAUGUCAACUGGUUCCGGAAGGACAAAGACGGCAAGUUCCUCUGGCCGGGCUUUGGAGAGAAUUCUCGGGUGCUUGAGUGGAUGUUCAACAGGAUUGAAGGGGAAGACAUCGCCAAGCUCACACCUAUCGGCUACGUCCCUAAGGAAAACGCCCUGAACCUGAAAGGCCUGGGGAAUGUCAACGUGGAGGAACUGUUAGGGAUCUCCAAGCAGUUCUGGGAGGAGGAGGUGGAGGAGAUCAGCAAGUACCUGGAAGACCAAGUCAAUGCUGACCUCCCUUACGAAAUUGAGAGGGAACUCCAAGCCCUGAAACAAAGAAUCAGCCAGAUGUAA